AUGAGGGCAGAAUCGGUUAGGGCAUGGAGGAAAAAAGAAUCGACUGGUGGGUUCGUGUUCAAAUUAAAACAACAAGACAUGUCCAAGGAUAUUGUAGCAGACAGGAAUCGUGAACAAAACCAUCGAAAUGAAGAUGUAUUUGGUAGGGUAGAAGGAAACCCUGGGACUCCCGUUCUUGUUGAUAGAAAAGUGAGAUACGGCAGUUCGCAGUCUGCCAGUGAAGCAGGGACUAUGGCUACAGAGUGUGACGAUCAUAGAAGAAAACGUUUGAGUUCUCGAAAAUCCAGUUCUGCAUGGUCGCGUACUAGAUCCGGACAUAUCUUGCAUCAUCCACUAUCCGCUCACUCUUUGCUCGAUCUAAUGGGUCCAGUUGAAUUACAACCGAUAAACUCUCAGUCAACCAUGAAAAUCUUCUUAGGUCCAGAUUUGGAAAAUGUUUUCUACACUACUUCAUCAAUCGUUACCCCCCGAGGACGUCGGUCAUCCGUAGCAAGAUAUUUCUACGAUGAUAAGCAUCCACUCCAAACCACACCUAGUCGAAUCAAUUCAUACCGGCGACAAAUUAAACUGUCUCAUUUUUCCGAUACUCCUGAUUGUCUCAGUGAAGAAUGGCCUAUAUCGUGCAAAAGAAGUUCACGCGAGAGUCUUCGUCCCCUUCGCAACAAGGUGCGCAGUAUGGACGGAAGAAUAGGCGGUUCGGUUAAUCCCACUGGAUCUGGACGCGUUGUAGGUGGUCGCUUUCACCUGGGCUCGCGAUUUGGUAAUAAAUCCUUCAUGGGUGGACUGAAUCGAAUCGUGCUAGAUUUGGAAAACAGUGUGGAUGGUUUCACAGUGCAACCACGGAUCCCACCGAAGAAAAUUGACCUGGCUCGUAGGGUUCGUAGCAGUUCCAUGGUACGUAGCGUUUUGAGUGAAGUGAGAUCAAUGCAUCGAUCCUUCGAACAGCGGCCAGAUACUCAAGAGUCCAGAAUUAUUGAUGGAUUGGAUUCAUCUAAAAAGUUUCCAAAUGAUCUGAUGAAUACUAAGCUUUUAUUUAAUUUGCCAGUGAAACCAAUUUCAUCUAUACCAACGGCUGGGGUUAAAGUGGUUCCAACAGAUGGGUCCCCUGAAAACGAUCAUAUUGACCUUAAAAUAAAUCAUAGCGUCCCAUCAAUAAUCGCUCUCAGUACUAAAGACUUUCACAGGAAUAAGUAUGCAUUUUUCCAUUCCACUGCCGAGAAAACUACGACACCAGUCAUGGCUAAAUUAAGGAGUUCUUCGAACACACAGUACCCAACAGAAGCAACUGAUUAUGGUCUUACCAUGCAGAAUCUGGAGGCUUCACACACAUGUAUUCCUGAGCAACAAGAUGCACCUUUGGAAUUUUUAGAUAAAGGCAAUCAAGUCACUGACACUUUGAAAAGGUAUGAGCGAGAUACGAGACUCAAAGACAGUCAUUCAACUGAGGAGGAUUUGAAUCGCAUUACCCCGCCAUUAUUAUUAUGUCAAGAGCCUAAUCAUGACACUGACAAGUCCAACCGCCAAAAUAUACUGGUAUCUGAUAAGCUGUUAGCUGAUUUGAAGAAUCUCCAACGGAAUACAAUGGCUGUGAAUUCAUUUGAAAGCAUACCGCAAAGGAUCUCCGAUUUUCACGAUUCAAAAAAUAAGAACGAAAAUACGGCAAAUCUAGUGGGAACGUCAGUCACUGAGAGACCUACAACAACACGAAAUGUGGAAAACUUUAAGUUUAAUUCGGAAUACAAGAGAUAUGUAUGUAAGGAUACAGAAUGGCAGCGAGCAGACUGGCCUGAGAGGAGUUUUAAACCCGGGGAAACUUUCGAUACCAAGGUUUCCGGCGCCGAGCUAAUGAAUUCUGUUCUAGGCGAGCGUUCGGAUGCAACCUUGCACCUGAAUCAGUCUACUGUAGAAAACCGAUCAAGCAACUGGAAAAUGACGAUGGAUUGCGACCAUGCGUUGCGCAAAGUCCGUGUCACUAAAAGUCCUCAAGUUUCCCUGAGUGGUACGAAUUUAUCAAUCCAAAAGGAAAAAGUCGUACGGGAUGUAGGAGGUUUUCGCGAGAAUAUUGAGAAUAAAACAGAAUACAAGCCGCAGACCGAUUUCAGGGUGCCGGGCAAAAGUACCGUAUUUUGCGAUGAAGUGAACUUCGGACGGUUGGGUUCUCAAUCAUACUGUGAUACCGAAACUUACUGUGAGAAGUGCACUUCCUUGUUACUAAAUAAAGCCGAAGGAAAUCUAAUGAAAACCAGUAGAUGUAGGCCCUAUAAAUGUGUGCAUAAUGAUGAUCCUGGUCGUACCACUCUCCUAAUUUCAGACUCUCAUCAACCCACAACCGUUAAAGGAUCGAUUCAUGCCGAGGGAUUUGACCAGAGCAUAUUGACAAAAGAGAACCCAACUGAAAACGUUGAGUAUAACGAUCAACAGAAAGAAUCUAAUGGCAAUAUUCAAAUACCUGGAAUAAAUGAACAUAGAAAUAAUCCACCGGAGGCCAAUUUCCAGCAUUCUACCCCGCCAAUCUCAUUCGAUCCACAAAUGUAUGUUCGCCCACCUCGACCACCGUUUGGGCCUCCUUAUCCGAGUUUCGACCCUUACUCCUAUCCUGUGUUCAUACCUUAUAAUACCGAAAUCGGAGUGUGGAUCGCACAUCAGAUGCCCCAAGCUUUCUAUCCGACCACAACGCCCACUACCAUACCUGGAAAUGACAGUCCUUGGAGAGUGCCCGGAACUGUUGGUGGUGUGUCAAAUACUCAGUCGGCUUCAUCAGAACUGGGUGGAAUACCAACAGCUACAGUGAUUCCAAAUAGUUCAAUGGAAUACAUGGUUCGUUUGACUCAUGGUGGUUAUCCCAUUGGUGUUCCGACGGUAGGGAUAGAUUCAGUGCAGCCCUUCAGGUUCCCACUAAUUCACUCAACUGCACACAGCGGACUUGGAUACCUGCCCUAUCCCUCACCUUCUUGUGGUCCUCCGUUGAUGAAUACUGGACUAAAUCAAUAUACAUCAGUAUAUUCUUGGGUUCGUCUGUUUCCACUGGGAACAGGAACAUCAGCAAAGUCUUACGGGUUAUCCGAAGAGCAAAAGUACCAACGACGAAUCCAACUUCAAGCACAGUUGGACGAGCUAAUGGCGAAGCCUUAUGAGAGUUUGACCCCCGAAGAACGACGAGUGAUGGAGGAGCUGAUUGCUCAAUUAGGAAGUGCUGAUACAAAGAGAGAUCCAAAGGAUCAGUUGAUACUACGAGAAUUACUUUCAAAACCAUUUGAGUCAUUAACGGAAGAUGAGAGAAGUCAACUAGCGCAGUUGAUCAAACCAUCCCCACCAGAAGCAGAACAAACUGUAGGUGACCUUCUCUCAUGUCGAGUUGAAACCCUGAGUCCAGAAGAAAAGAAAAGGCUGGAGCAGACAGCAAGAGACAUAUCUUCCGUUGAAGUAUCACAUAGUGCAGAAGGCCAAGCAAAACUCAAUCAUCUUUUAUCGCAACCUUACGAAAAACUCAGUCAAGAAGAAAAGUAUUUACUAUCCACUUUGCUUAAUCAGGGUCCCGUCCCCGUUGAGACUAAAGAUGAAGUGCAGGUAGAUUCACUGAUGAACAAACUGAGUUCAGAGGAGAAACUGGCGCUAUCAAAUUGGGCUGGAAGUCCGGAAGAAAAAGCCAUGUUGGAUAAACUGCUGGCGAAGUCAUUUGACUCGUUAAGUUCAGAAGAGAAGGAAACACUCCAAAACCUAUUAAAUAAAUUACCGUUCGACUCCAAAGCAUUGCAGCUUAUAGAAGAGAUUACAAAGUUAACACCAGUAGAGGCAUCCGAACUGAAGCACCUGAUGUCGAAACAACAGACAGAGUCCGAACAGGAAGAUCAAAGACUAACAACCCAAUUAGAGACAAAGUGGCAACAUGGAACGGAGGAUAUGCGGAAACAGUUACAAAAGUUAUUCUCUAAACCAUAUGGCUAUUGGACGGAAGAGGAAAAACGGAAUGUAUCUAAGUUAAUUGAAGAGUUGGGAAAAUUGGACCCAAAUAAAAAGGUAGAGUUUCAGGCGGAACUUCUCAGGGCGAUUUCAAAGCCAUACGAAGUGCGGAGUUUCGAAGAGCAGAAGAAAUUAAUUGAAUUUCUAGACUCCACGUCUGAAGCAUGCAAAGAACAAAUUGGAAAUAAACAAACGGAAUUGGACACUAUUUUCUCCAAGCCUUUAGAAAAUUUGACUGAUGAAGGGAAAUGCAAUCUGGAACAGCUGCUCACUUCUCUUCCACCAACAGCAAAACGCAGUGACUUCAUGGAGCUGGAGUUGGCCAGACUGCUGAGGAAACCUUAUGAAAGUUUAACAGAACAGGAAAAAGAAUUAUUGCAUCAGUUGAAACAAAUGGCGAAUAAUCCACCAAAGACCGGUUUUCGUUAUUUCCGCACAUCAUCCAUGGAAGAUGAGUUAAGUGCAUUGCUGGGUCGCCCAUUUGAACAAUUAACCGCCAAGGAGCAAGAGAGGAUUGAAACGGACUGCAUCAAUGNAAUGGAAAUCCGAUUGGCUCAGCUUCUUGCUAGGCCGCCCGAUACUCUGACAGAUGAGGAAAAAGAGUUGAUAAACUACCUAAAUAGUAUUCCCCAAUCGAUAUCUGAUGAGGUAAAUGUGCGCAUUCAGCCCAUUCAGGAAAAGAUUCAGCAACUUCUAUCUAUUCCGUAUGAAACGAUGACUGAAAUGGAGCGCAAAACACUGGCUAACCUUUUAAUCAACAGUCAGCCAGCAUGCAGGCUGCUAUCAAUGUAUAAAAAGUCUGGUUCGCAAAGGCGGACAAGAUUAAUGGAAGCACAUCUGAAACAACUAAGAGCGGUACCAUAUGAAAGUCUGAUGCAAGACGAGAUAGAACUAUUAGAGUAUCUGUCCAGAUUACUACCGGAAAAUCUAGAACGAACAGACUCGUUAGAAGAGAAGUUCAGAUGGUUAGCAUCUCAGCCCCCGGAUAAAUUGUCACCCGACGAGUUGCAGUUAUUGAAUCAGUUGAAAGUAAUAUUUUGUGAACGCUUUUCUUCGGACAUUCGAAGGCGUACAAAUUUCCAAGAAUCUAAACUAGCAUGGCUAUUGGCCCAACCGCCUCAUUUGUUGUCUGAUGAGCAACGCAGAGAAAUGCAUUAUCUUCUGUCAUUAGAAGGUCCGGAUGAUGACAUCGCCUACACUUCACACGAGUUUGUUGGCAAAAAUGUAUUCAGGACAUCAUCUAUGGAAGAUCUACUAACUAGGCUGCGUGCAGUUCCAUUUGACGAAUUGUCUCCUAGAGAAAGAGAACAACUUGUACUCAUUUCUCGUCUACCACCGGCUCCAGUUGCUGAAGUGAUAAAAGCACCUGUAGAUGGAUGGCCUUGGUUGCUGAAAGUGAUUCCUCCAAAUAGCCCCCCAGCUCACUUGCGUGCCUUUCAGGAGUUAACGAGCGCAGCUUCCGAGCACUUCAGCGGGUUUGACCACGUUUGUCAAACAGAUUACGAACGGUAUCCGCCUUUCAUUCCUUAUGCAACUCAAGCAUUUUACUUCCCCGGUGGAUCGAACCCCAAGGGGCCUGAAAUCAGAUUUUGGCCUUGGUCUAUGGUCCCUUAUCAUGAAUCGCUCAGAGGACCGCUGACUGCCGAGUUGAGACCAGCGCUGCGUAACCAAAGUUCAUCAAACCCGUUUGGUGUUCUGCCUAACAAACACGACCGACCAGAUCAGGCCACCAAAGACAACCAGAACAGGAAGAAUAUUAAUUCAGUACAAACUAAUCCAACCUUCAGUCAUUCUGUCGACAACACAGAAGCUCACAACAGUGCUUCAAAAGAUGCUACCGUACUUUCUACAGGAACAGACCACAUCAAGGUAGAUAAAAAAGGACGGCCCAACGCACUGCUUGUUGGUGGUGAAAGUCUCACAGAACCCCAGUUAGAUGAAAUCAAAAAUGUUCCAGCUGGCGUGACUGAAGAUUCUCAAAGUAUUCAUCACCAGCGACUACAAACACCAAAUAACUAUCCAUCUGGUCCAUUUUGCAGUAUUAUGGCUACAAAAUUAUUGAAGUUAGCACCUACUAGGGGUAACUUCGUCAAACCUAAUCGGCUUCGGUCGACAAGUUCUGGAAGGUGGAAGGACGUAUUAUGCGAUGCCUGUCCAUUGUCGGAAGUACAUUUCAGUGACCAUGAUCCUGCAGGGUUUCUCAACGGCACAGAUAGAUCGAGGGAUGAAAGGUCAGUGAAACCGAUUACUGAUACGAGCCUCGAAAUAACUCAAUCCCCGGUUCGAAUUAACGUGCGACCUAUUCGGCCAGAAAAUAUAUCUUAUUUAGAGGAAGCGGUACAUACCAGACGACGCAGAGUUACGGAUGUGGAUGGUAGACCAUGGCAACCGUUACUUUGCACACCACAUGCCUCUAAAGAAUGGCUUCCUUGGGAAACAUCCACUCAGAGAUUAAGGGAAACAAUGGUGGCUGGUGUUGAGGCACAGCAAUCUAUUUUUUAUGCUCAAGGUUCGACAAAUAUUCACGGUAAACGUGAGAAGGAACGAUCCAGUCAAUUUGUUAAGCAGCACAACGAAGAUGAACGAGUUGGUUUGAAUGAUAAAAAGUGUUUUCAACAGAAGACCCAGGAUGUCGGCAGGAUAUCGACUAUGGAUAUAACGAGAGGGAAAUUUGGUGAGCUCAGAGGUAGUACAAUUCAUCAAAGUGGUCUGAAAAAUCACACGAAUAGACCUGCAUCUGAUCUUCGAGGAGUGUUUAACAAACGCACCAAAGAGUCAAAUAGCUUACCUAAGAUGCUCUUGAGAAAGAGUGCAACUUACGAGGGCAUGUUUAAAGCGUCUGAGGAUUUGUAUUUUGAACCUCGAAAUAAAUUAACCAGAACCGUCGAGAACAGUGAUGAUUACGAUUUAAAGGUGGAAUGCUCUGUUUCGGAAAAUUUACCUGUAAUAACAGAGCUUCAUGAUAGUAACGAUGACAAGGUGUAUCGCGCCCUAUCCUAUUUGAGAAGUCAGUCUAGAAAUGAUUUUAUCGAUAAUACCUUUGAUCCAGUGGUUCCCACACUGGUGGGACAUGAAAAAAAUCAAUCAGACAUAUUGGAGUCUUCAAAGAUUGUAGCUGCAAGAAGAGAGUUGGAACAACAACCACAGGUAAAAUCUCAGGGUGGAACAGAGAUAGAUCCUUAUAAUGAUAUCGAGGGAACAGCGGUACAACCAACUUUGAAAGUAGUGCAUUCAAACAUUCCAGAGCAGUGUAUAAGAACGGGUGAUUUUCCUUACAGUGACAACUUGCGGAAACAGAGUGAAGACGGCGUAAUUAUAUCCGAUCACUUCCUGGAGAUUCCAUUAAAUCACGGCGUUAUUCCUAUAAUCAGUGAUAGUGGUGGUCGUCAGUCAGUCAGCCCGGCAUUCAGAGAAGGAAGCACCGAAGGGCCUGUUAGGAGGCGAAAUCACUUGAACAUACUGAUGCAAAAAUCCAGAACCUCACCAAAUACGGCACAUCUGACUGAUAGCAGUUAUCCUUGUCGACCAGAAUCUCCGGAACCAGAGCCCAUUUUCCAUAGAAAACUUGAGUCUCAUUCUAUGGAAGGACGUUCCAACUCGUUUGAACAAUCAGUGUUGGAAUCCCAAUGCUCACCAGAAAUCCCAACGUCAUUUGAACACACAAGUUCUACUUCAUUUUCUUUUUCAAGUCCAACUUCCAAUUCUGAAGAAUCUAUAAAACGACUAAAUGAAACUACAUUGGAUGCUGCCAGUCAGUUAUCGUCUGUAUUUGUUCCCUCUAAACAAACUAAUUCAUUGACUAAGGAAAAAAUGAAGAUGAAAAUUGUGCGUCCUGUUAUACAACACUCUCGUAGUGAGAGUCGACAGAAAUCCAUCAAUUCAAGGAGUCAUUCGAGUUUUAAAGUUCAGGAGGAACUGAGCGAUAAGAAGAAACAUGCUGAUGUGGUGGAGGGAAGUGGGCUACAUUUUGCUGUCAAUCAAAUGUGCGGCUUUGAUUGCAUAGAGCAAUCCAUGAUUGAUCCGAGCAGUUGGUCUCAACUGGAUGAAUACAAGCGGCCAACAAAUCAGGGUGAUCGAAUGGAAGGUCCAAAUCAACUAUUUCUUUGCACAGCUAUGGGACCAAUCUUCACACCACGUCAAUCAGAAGCUGAGGUUAUUCUAGGGAAUCGUUCCUAUUUCCCGAGGAUGUCUUUAGAUCAGCCUCUCUCUUCGGGCUUGAACUCGAAUGAACCCAUUGAGCUAUUGCCAAGGAUGUCACCCUUUGCUUCAAAAAUUUUGAGUCAGAUUUUGAGGUGCUGGACCAAUACGAGUUUCGAAAAUGUCCUUUCUCCGGUGUCUAGUGUCUUCUUUUACACACUGCGCAGUUUGUUUAUAUUGGCUGGUUUACAGGCUAGUCUUUAUGAUACUCUCAAAGUGCUCAAUGUGCUCUUUCACACAGAAAUUCACGGCAUCUUGUCAAACGAUGUGUCAUUGUCUGUUGGGCACGCACACCUGUUUUCUCGGCUCACUCGUCCCGUGUGGCUAGAUUCAAAUGCAGAAGAUCAGUGGUAUAUGUUGAUGCAUAAUUCGGAGCCAUUCAUGCAAAUGGAGUGGAUGGCUCUGCACACGAUUUUGGCUUUGGCUCAACGUCUGGUGGCAAAUAAAGUCCCAUUAUUUAAUCCGAAGCUGACUCCAGAACGUGAUUCGAAGGAAGCGUUUAGUCUUUGGGAACAGUAUAUUCAUGAAGUCAUAGCGACGGGUUACGAACAGAAAACAAUGCAUCAAACAGUACAGCCAUAUGGUCUGGUAGUAAGAUGGCUAUUUGUAGAACCUGAAUUAGAUAUGCAACCGAGUAUCACUUCAAAGAGUAUUCUACAAACCCGGCUGAACUCAAGUGAAGCUGCCAGUCUACCUGAUAAGUGUUCCACAGAAAAUGUAAAAAAACAGCUGGAAACACCAGAUUUAAGUUGUGCUCACGCAUCAUUGCCGAAUAAGGGUUCCCUUCUCGAAGUCAUGCAUAAAGGACAAUCUGGUUGUCAGCUGGAGUUGAAAGUUAGGUGCAUUCCGGAUAGAAACUUUCUGAAGGGUUUGGAUGAAGAAAAUCAGCCCAAUCAACAAUUACAUUCCAAGUUAGAAGAGCACUGUAGUCGACAAAUAUUGCAGACACAAGAUCAACCAAAGGUAAAGACGGUUGGUUGCAGCCCCACAAGUUGGCUUGAGGUUUACAGCGUGAAUUUUAUGUCAACUUGUGAAAAUGAUAUGAAAACAAGAAGUUUUAUCUCUCAGGCUGAAAAACCGCUCGUUAAGAAGACAUCGGAAUUGAAAGUGACCGGUAUCAAACAAGAUCAAAAGAGUCACGCGAUACCAGCACCUGGCAUCGAGUCGAAUUCUGUUUCCCCAGUACCCUUUCAUCACCGUAGCAACCAUAUAGAGCUCCAAGAUAGACCGAUGGCACAACAGAGGUCUAUAUCGUUUGAUCCCGUUGGCUCGACAGAACAUGGAAUUGAACCAAUUCACAGUACUGUGUCUUAUGUCACUUUGCAUCCAGAAGAAGACUGGACGAAAGUUAUUCCACCACAAACACUGAACAACGGAGUAGAAAUAGGUACAAUAUCCGCAUUCGGUAGGAUAUUGGCCUAUGCCGAUGGGUCAACGCACAAUACAGAAACGGUGGAUGAUGACAGAGAUCGUUAUUGUUCGGAUUGUACAAUUAAACAAACGGGUUCAUGUUUGUCAACAAGAAGUAUGGAGUCGUUCAAAACCUGUCUUGGUAGUCAUAAUAAAAGCCUGCAAGUGAAUACCGGUUCUUCAGAUUCAAAGAAGACACUGGUUUACGAAUGUGCUGCAGAUGGAGUGCGUCCUGGCAAAGUUAUGAGUCCCUAUCGUCAUUCACACACUACAUGUGAAAUAGGUUACAAUUUACACCCCACGUCUAUCAUUUUCCGUUCGGUUACACAGCAGGAAACCAAGUGUUGUUGUUCUGGACGGAUGAAUGAAAAACCCGAACAGAUGCAAAUUUUAGUUGAUAAAUCGGAUACAUGUGAUCACUCUCAAGAACCGGCUCCAACGGGAGCACUUGUGCCAUUUUUCAUCCGAGACAUUGAUCAAAUGAUGCCUACCCAAUCACCUUGUGAAAAGCGCUCGACUGAUUUCCGCCUAAAUGGAGCAUCGACUGUUACCCCGAAUUCCCAAGAUAGCAAAACGGCUCACGCUGUUAGCGGCUCGUACUGUGCUCGGGAGCGCGAUGGAUUCAACCCUACACAGAACUCAGAAAUCUCGAACAAAGCUACAGUUAGUAAACUCGAUUAUUCAAAAGUUCAACGUUGUCAGGUGCUUCAAACACCAGUUAUUCAACCGGGUCCAAUAAGGGAUUUUUCGGCCGGAUUGACCGUCCCAGAAGUGCUCAAUUGUCUAGACAUUCGGGCUCGUUAUGUGAACGAUGAAGCACCACAACGUCCUGUAGAACGAGAGCCAAGUUUAGGGACCUUGGCUAGAUUGCACCAACAUAUAGAGACUAGAACUCCCGUUGAUCUACUGGUAUGUGAUGCAUGGACCAAAGGUAAUCGCACUUCAAAGAAUAUCGAACCUAGACCACUGAGUCCCACCCAUUUAGCUUCAUUGCGAAGUUGGAUUUUGCCCACAGAACGGCAAUCGUUACCUAGUCCCGGCUGUCAAUGUCGUAAUCGGGCUAUGUAUGACAUUGCCACCGGGGGCCAAACCUCAACAACUAAACUUAUCACCAUUCGGCGCAAAGAGGCACUAAAUCCAGUGUCUUUCGAUUUGAUUAAAUUGUAG